CACCAUAAUACCAAUUUUGCCUAUAUUUGUAUAUCGGACCAACAUGACUGAGAAAUGAGAAUACACUGUGCUUUUUACUAUACCGUCCCAUCUCCUCUGUUCACGUCGUUGUAAUUUGAGGAGGUAGGCCGCUGCUGAGGCAUUGAAGUUGUCCCUGCUUUUAAAGACAUUAUCUAUGGCGACAUGACUCCUUUCCCUUUCCUUGAUCCCUUCCCCCAAAGAGCCGAUGAGUCAAGUCCACUCCUCUGCUUUUACCGUGCAGUAGAAAACCCGAGAAUUAUAGAACCGAAGAGGCAGAGGAGCUCUCCCCUGAAGUCGAGAGAAAAAAGAAGAAAGAUCGAAGCUUUGAUUACUACUACCAUGACUUCUUCUGGCCAUUACAGGCGGAGAGUAGGAGAUAAUGAUGACGAGCAAACCGGCGCCCGUUUCUUCAAGAUCAUCCUUCCAUCCACCAUUCGUGACAAGAAGCUGUUUGUUCCGAGAAAAUUCGUUAGGGAUUCGGCCGACUGCCUGCUGUACUCAAAGUCUGCAACUUUGAAGGUACCCAGUGGAGACGAGUGGGAAGUGGAGCUGGGAAGGGAAGGGGAAGAAGAUGUUUGGUUUGGCAACAACGGGUGGCAGAGAUUUGUAGAGUUCUACUCGUUGCAGUAUGGCCAUUUGCUGGUCUUCGAGUACUCGGGUCGCUCCGAGUUCUCUGUGGUCAUAUUCGGUAGAUCCGCUACCGAGAUUGAUUACCCAGUUAGGGAAGUCAUCGGGAUCGAGGAUUCGGCUCCGGUACUGGAGGUUUUGGACAGUGAUGACCAGGAUGAUGCUGGGGCAAAAAACCAGUGGAAGGAGAACGAGAAAGGCAAGUCUCCAAUGGUGCCGAAUGGUGCUGGACAAGGUGAUGACAACCGCCUGGUGAAGCGGCAGAAGAGCUACUGGAAAUCUAGUGGAGAGGUUGAUUCUAACGGAGGUGAUUUGAACAAGAAGGUGAUGCUACAGGAAGAGAAACAAGGCUCUUCUGACAAGCCUUCUUCUUCAAGGAAACGCAGAGCUCUACCGUUGGAUGGGUUCACAACGAAACAACCCUCCUACCAGACCACAAUGCAUCCAAGUUACAUCGCCACAGGGCCGUACAUUCCUGUAGAGUUUGCAGACGAGCACAUUAAGAAAACUGAGCAGCAAGUGAAACUUGUGGUGGGAGGCAAUGAAUGGACGGUAAGGCUGAACAAGCUACAGAACAAGUACAUGAAGCUUGGCUUUGGGUGGAAGGAUUUCGCAGUAUGUAACUCGCUGAAUCGAGGGGAUGUCUGCACCUUCGAGCUGGUUCAUGGUUGGACUGAUGUUGAGUUGAAGGUCACUAUCGCUAGAGAUCCAAUUUGAUUCGUUCUGUCGUGAAAUUCUACUCAGCUUUUGGGGGAUGAAUCAUUUUGAUGGAAGCUAGAGAGAAAACUAGUUUCUCUGUAUAUCGGAUCGUUCCAUUUCAAUGUUGCUUGGCCACAAGCAUUGUAGUCUCUUCUUCUGUAGCUGUUGAAUCUAAUGUUUCUUAAACUAGGUAGCUAGCAAUGUAAUGUUUUCCACCCUGUUUAAACCUGGUAUUCGGAGAUUUGGGAUUAUUGGCUUCUUUCUUCCCCGCUUAUGACACUCAGCAAUCAGCAGCAUCUUCUGCGCGUUAGGAUAAUGUAAUGGAUUUUGAAGUAGCAAAUAUCAAAUAUCAAAACCUCUAGUGUCUUUCAUAUCGAUACAACUAAUACUGAAAGAAAGUAUCACAUAUGAAUUCAUUUACAAAAAUGUGUCAACAAUGACAAAGAAGGAUGAAUAUAGAAAAUAGAGCUUUAAGGAUCAUUCAUCAAUAUUGAGUAUUGUUCAUCUGAACCACAUAGAAACUGACCACAAGCAUAACAUCCCAUAUACACAGCAUCUCUCAAAUAACAAGGGGAAAUUCUG